CCCCGCCCAACCAACAUGGCCGCGCCCAGCGCCACGAGUUUUCGGCGUGGAGCGCGCGUGGAGUCGGGGCCUGGGGGGCGCGGGGGGCCCGGGGGGCCCGGGGGGCCCGGGGGGCCCGGUGGGCGCGGGGGGCCCGGGGGGCCCGGGGGGCGCGGGGGACUCGGAGGGGCUCUGCGCGGGACGCGGCCCUGCGGGUCCCGCUCCCAGCUGCUCGUGUCAACAGGCAUCCCCUCGCUCGACUCCGCGCUGGGUGGCGGGCUGGCGCUGGGGUCGCUGCUGCUCAUCGAGGAGGAUGCUUUUGGGAGUUUCGCUCGCCACAUCCUCCGCUGCUUCCUCGCCCAGGGGAUCGCAUCGGGUCAUGACCUCUACGUGGCCUCCGCUGACACUCACCCCGAUGACAUCAUCCAGGAGUUGCCGGCCCCCGUGCUGGAUGAGGCCCCUGCGGGUCGCGGGGAUCCCUGCGGGAGAGCGAGCGACGCGGAGGGCAUGGAGAUCGCGUGGAGAUACCAGAACAUGCCCAAAGUGGAGACUGCGCUGGCUGCGGGCGCCGCUCUGGGCCAGAGCUUUGACCUUUCACGCACCAUGGGGGCGGAGGUCCGAGCUACGGCACGCGUGCACACCUUCCACCUGCCCGCUCACCCGCCGCUCACCCACACCGCUACCCCCCACGGGGUGGAUGCGGUGCCCGGGUACUCCGCUCUGCUCCGCUCGCUGGCGCGCGUCACCCAGGACCCCGCGUAUGACCUCUCACCCCCACAGGUGUGCGCCCUUGAUGGUCUGCGUCGCCACUCUGACCCGUGGUCUAUCUACAGCUGGAUGGUGCAGGCCUCCCCACGCCAUGUUUCAACGUUCUGCCCUUACCGCCCCCCCACCCCAGCCCCCACCCCCCCGGCCGCCCCCCCCCCGCGCCGCGUGCUGCGUGCGUCACUGCCGUCCCUGGGGGGGGCGGCGUGGGGGGACGAUUCAACAAGCGCCCCCCCCCUCUCGCGGGGCCCCCCCCACGGCAACGCGGCGCUGCCCCGCCUCCUCCUGGCGCUCCGCUCGCUCCUCCGCUCCUCGCUGUGUGUGGCGGUCGCCACCGUGCCAGCUCACCUGGGCCAGGACGACGCAUGGCUGCGCCGCGUGGAGCGAGCGAGCGACUCGGUGCUCCGGCUCGAGUCGUUCGCUGGCUCCCCCCGUGGUGACGUCCACCCCCUCUACCGCGAGCACCACGGCCUGCUGCACGUGGUGCGAGCUCCGCGCUUGAACUCGCUCACGACGUCGCUCGUAGACUCCCACGACCUCGCCUUCCGAGUGCGGCGUCGCCGGUUCCUCGUCGAGAAGCUGCAUCUGCCCCCGGAUCUCUCGGACACCGCGAGCCGCUCUGGCCCCAACGCCUCGGCCUGUGGGGGGGCCGCCACAACAUCCAGCCUGGAUUUCUGACAUUGUGGAUUCCGGAUUCUCAGAAAAUGGAUUCUGCAACAAGGGAUUCUUGGAUCAUGGAGACUUGAUCCCAGAUGGGGAUUCUCAGAUCUCAGAUAUUGAAUCUCAGAUUCUGGGAUCCUGGAUCCUGCAUUUUAUUUUGGGGGAUUUCAUAGAUGUUUACUAUUAUCUGGAGAACAUUUACAGAUAUAAGGAUAUGCCACGUGAAGUUGUGCAAGGCUUGCUGCUGAUAGGAGGUCAUGGGACAGACCCAAUUGUUAUGGGUUGACUGACUGAGAUGACUGGCAGAUGCACCACCUGUGCUCUGUACUGUAGCAACUUGCUGCGUUUUAGCCGCCCGGUGCUCUGUUGUUGUGAGCAUCGCUCAUCUGUCCUCCGCUGUUGUUGGAGGGCGACUGCCUCCAAUUGCCCAGUAACAUCCUUCACGAGCCUCCUCAGAGGCCGAUCUUGAGACCGCUGAUACCAAUCAUUGGCAAGUUCACUCGUCUCCACGUCUUCCUGUGCAAGUUCACUCGGCUCCACAUUAGUCCAUCUCUUCUCCGGCCCGUGCCACGUGCCCGUUUAGCCCCCUCGAUCCGGGCAAACAGAAGCUGCUUGGGCAUGCGGUGGGGAUUUAACCGGCGACACUCCGUGCGUCAACAGCACGUUCCAGUGAGAGAUGCAGCCACGGAAGCUGCUCGCGAUCGAGGUGUCGUGAGGUGUAACGAGGUGUAACGUGACGCGUGUUUAUCUUGUAAAGCGAUGAUGACGACAACAGCUCGGCGCGUGUA